AUGAGAAGCGAACAAAGCGAAGAGAAGAGAAAGUAGCGCCACAGCCUUCACUAGUUCGUAUUCACCGUUCGCCAAUCGCCACAGCCUUUAGGUCGUAGGCUUCUCCACUCAUCUCAUGAAGCGGAUCCAGAAGGGACCCGUCAAAGGCAUCUCCCUCAGGCUUCAAGAAGAGGAGAGGGAGCGUCACAUGGACUUCGUUCCUGAUGUGUCCGCCAUUGACACUCAACACAUCGAGGUUGAAAUGGAAACCAUUGACAUGCUUCAGUCUCUAGGUAUGUCUGACAUCCUCGGAAUUACUCAGGUCGAUCCCGUUCCUGUUCAGCAGAUCCCGUUUGGUCGCCCUAGCGCUGGAUUCGGUGGUGCUCAGAGGAGGUACCGGAACCAAUGCCUGCUAUGUUGAGCAAAUUUAUGGCAUUCCUAAGUUACAAGGUGGUGUCUCCUCUUCUAGAAAAAUGGUUAGUAAAAGUAGCAUUCUUUCUUCAUGAUGGAUCCUCCUAAAGAGAAUCUUGUUGAAAGGGUCAGUAUUAUAUUUAUUUAUUUAUAUUGGUUCUGUGUUCUGUCCUAUCUAUGGUCUACCGUGCUGUCUCUACUUCCAUAUUGGUGAUGCGAGUUUUCAUGUCUCUAUUCCAAAUUGCAAUAUUGCAUAUUCCAUUGUUGUUUGUCGAAUGGGUCCUGCACUAAUGAAAAUUAUCGUGCUCAUGUUGCAUUAUUGCUUAUGCCCAUGUCAAAUGUAUCAUUUGGCAUAUGAUGAUCCUUGUUGAUAUUUGUCAUUUAGUCUAAUCAAAUUUCAAAUUCUCGUGACAUCUGUGCAAGAUAGUUUUUUUAUUUAUUUUUUUUUAAUUUUUAUCAUGUAUGCUUAGUAAUGACCAAAUCUACAAGGAAAUGGGAGCAAUCUUGGAUGCGCUCUGCAUUUGUUUUUGGUUAAUUAAUUCAAAAUAGCCAACAUAACCUUUCAGAGAAAUUGUCACUGGAGUUAAUGUUGCAUUCGGUCCUGCUGCAUUUUGGCCUCCUUGAAAGAGAUAACCUCCAUGUUUAAUUUCCUGAACAAUUAUAGACUUUUGUCUUUUCUUUAUUUUAUUCAUUGUAUCUUUGAUUAUAACCUCUACUUCUCAAAUAUCAAUCCUAUUGUUUAUUUAUUAUUCUUUGUUUUAUUUAUAUUGUCAAAAUCUUGGGUUCUGCUGAUUCUAUUUUGAACUAAGAUGCACAGGCAUUAGUACAUUGAAUCCGAUUUUAUUGC